AUGUGAAUGAUAUUAUUUGUUGCAUGGCUUGCACCACCAUUGGUGUGGCGUGCAGAUUCCUUCACACUGGCGUUAUAGGGACUCCCAAAUGAAAUAUCCAAUAGGAGAGGGAAAAUAAUAAAGAACCCAUUCGAGAGGAGGGAAAAUGUAGAAUAUUCGAAAAACCGUUGGUCAAAUAUUCACUGUGGACCGUCGGAUUAGAAGCGGCUGUAGCGUCAACCGUUCAAUCUUUCUGUUCUUCCCGUGCUUUCUUUGUGAACAGUUGCUCGUAACUACUCAGAAAGAAAAGAGUCUCUUCGCUCCGACUUUCUUCCUCAUAAAGCAUAUAGACCACCAUUACCAAAUCUCUUCUUCUUCUUCUGUGGAACAACGAACGUAUGAAACUCAGAUUAGACAGAGAGGAUCUGAGAGAGACCGAAAAUGCAAGAAGGAGCUGCCUCUGCUGCAGCUAAUUCUCAGGUGCCUAAUGCUUCUCAGAACACCAACGCCGUUCAGGUGACAAACUUUUCGGCCAUUCCCACACAUGGAGGACUCUAUACACAAUACAACAUCUACGGUAAUCUGUUCGAGAUCACCUCCAAGUAUCGUCCUCCUAUAAUGCUCAUCGGAAUUGGAGCUUCCGGAAGAGUCUGUUCUGCAUUUAAUUCGAAGACGAAAGAAAUUGUUGCUAUCAAGAAAAUAUCCAAUGCUUUCGAUAAUCACAAGAAUGCCAAACGGACGCUUCGCGAGAUUAUGCUCCUCCAACGUUUUAACCACGAGAAUAUCAUCUGUAUAAAAGAUGUAAUUCCACCACCUGUACGAAGUGCAUUUUGUGAUGUCUAUAUUGCUACUGAACUCAUGGAAACCGAUCUUCACAAUGUAAUUUACUCUAAUCAAGAGUUAACGGAAGAGCACAGACAGUAUAUCUUGUAUCAGAUCCUUCGAGGGCUGAAGUAUAUACAUUCUGCAAAUGUUAUCCACAGAGAUUUAAAACCCAGCAACAUCUUGUUGAAUUCAAAUUGUGACGUGAAGAUUUGUGACUUUGGUCUUGCUCGGAUAACCUCAGAGAAUGAGUUUAUGACAGAAUAUGUGGUCACCAGAUGGUACAGGGCACCAGAACUACUGCUGAAAUCUUCAGAUUAUACUGCUGCAGUUGAUGUGUGGUCUGUGGGUUGCAUCUUUAUGGAGCUCGUGAAUAGGAAAACAUUAUUUCAGGGUAAAGAUUAUAUGCAUCAGAUGAAUUUGCUGAUAGAGCUUCUUGGCACGCCGAAUGAAUCUGAGCUUGGGUUUGUUCAGAAUGAAGAGGAAAGGAGGUUUAUUCAGAAACUCCCCCCUCAUCCCCGCCAGCCUUUUGCCAAGAAAUUCCCUCAUGGUCAUCCAGAUGGUAUUGACCUUGUUGAGAAAAUGUUGACAUUUGAUCCCACCAGACGAAUCACAGUUGAAGAAGCAAUUGCUCAUCCUUACCUGGCACUGGCAGGACUACAUGAUAUUGAUGAUGAACCCAUCUGCCAUGAGCCCUUCUCUCUAGAGUUUGAGAGACAAUCCUUGACGGAGGAACAGAUGAAGGAGAUGAUAUACAGAGAAGCCUUAGAAUUUAAUCCCGAUUAUGUUAUUCCGUAGGCCUGUGGUUUUGGUAUUGUAGAUGGACGAAUGCACAUCUAUACCCUAUAUUGGAAUACAUGAUGCAUCAUGAAGGGACUAUUUACUUGCCAUUAAACCUUCAAUGUUAUGAUCCCAUAUCAAUUCUGUAAGGGUCUUUGUGGGGGCUGCUAAGGCCCUCGGCUCCCUCUCCUUAUGAGCUGGCAAUUAGGGGUUAGUUCUCCUAAGAUUCGUAUCAUUCAACAAGUCCCAUCUAGCAGGAGUAUGUCAAAUGUUACACAUCGGAAGAUUCAAGCGACAUACUCCAGUGAGCAACUUUGAAGAUCUUUAUUGUUUCUGGUUGUCUUUGUUUGGCCAUGACUUCUCUUGGGAGGAAGUGCUGAUUUCCUGCUGCACAUGUUCUUGUUGUGUAAAUACAGAUUGUGAUGCCCAUUUAUGCCGAUUGUAGAUAGUCAGUCACCUUAAAAGGUAUGCAAAACUGAUAGCUCUUAUAUACUUUUGGAAGUCCCUGGUUUUCUUUGUGCCAAUUUUUAUUUCCUGGAUUAGUCUGAUCCUCAAGAAUUUCUGGUGUAUAUUUGCAAUAUAGUACAGUGUAAAUAUGUAGUCAGAGGAAUUUGUUUGAUUGUGUCUGUCUGGAGAGUAUUGUAAUGAGAAAUAAAAAGCAUUUCAAUUUGUUUUGAAGAAA